AUCACAGAAAAACAAACAUGUGUAAUUAUCUUCAAGAUAAAAUAAAUAAAAAAUGUGUUCACUAUUUCAUGUUUCAUAUCUAAAUUCAUUUCCUUUAAAACUGUACUUCAGCACCAAAACUAGCGCAGUGAGUGAAAAUGGUUUCGGCCUCUAUUUUUGGAGGAAAAGUCAGAUAUGGGAUAAUGUUUCUAUACUUGUUUCUACUUCCACACAAAACCUAUUCCCAAUACCAACCUCAACCUUGUUUUUCUUCUUCCUGCGGGAAAAUUUCCAAUAUUACUCAUCCAUUCCGACUAAAAGCCGACCCAGAUCACUGUGGCGAUAGUAGAUACGAGUUGGAUUGUGUGAACAACGUUACAGUAUUGAAGUUGUUUGGUGGCGAAUAUUUUGUAGAAUCAAUCAAUUACAACAAUUACACCAUCCGAGUUGUUGACCCUAACAUUCAACCCAACAAUUGCUCCUCUCUCCCUCGCUUCAUUUUAUCCCCCUACAAUUUCACUCAUUAUCAUUCAUACGAUGUCAAUUACAUGUACAAGGUUCGAUUGAAUUCCAUGAAUGCUGCUGAUUACGAGAACUCUGAUUUAUCUAAGCCUGUAAUAUACAUGAAGUGUACAAGUCCACCUAGUAAGGUUGUGGAUAGAUAUUAUGCGGAUACUGCUUCAUGCGUGGAUCAAUACACAUACGUUAUUGUUGGUGACCCACCAUUUGGAAUUUUGGAGCCUCAAUGCCGUGUUAAGCGUAUUACCCUCACAUCCUUCUGGGGUCCGACAACUACCUCCAGGGAUCCGUCAACUACCUCCAACAAUACUAUAGGUAAUGUUUCGUAUAUUGAUAUUCACAAGGCCCUAGACUAUGGAUUUGAAAUUUCGUGGCUGCAAGCCUAUUGUUCUUGUGGUGAUCUUCUGGAUCAAUGCCAUCUCAUGGAGCCUGCCGGUGAGAUUCAGUGUGACUACACCAUCGGUAAGACUGGUAGUCCGUUGUUACAGAUUUUAAAUGAGAAAGAUUAUUUUGAAUAUUAUGUGGAAUUAAUUUAAUAUUAUCAUACUCAACAAUAAAGAUUAAACAUAUCAACUCACUUUAGUGCGGAAACCUAAUAAGCAUACGAGCAUGAAUAUAAAAUAUGAUUUACCACAGGUUGAUUUUUCAAAGAAUGACCUGAAUAGACGAAUAUGAACUAACCAUGGUGUGUAGUACUCCUGGAUCCAUGGAGAUAAGUCUUUUGGCAAUAAUCCUAAAACACAAAGGUUUGGUGGCUUGUGUGGUUCUUCCUCAACCGGUAUCGUAAUGCCUUGAAUUCUCUUCAGAUGUAGAGAAGAGAUUACUUGCUUACGUAUAGUAUGUUCUGAAUCAGCUGAAAGCCCAACACACGUGAAGGCCCAUCAAAAUGAGAUAAGAGCAAUCACGUGGCGCAACAACCACGGAGCUUAAACUACGAGAACGGAUAGAGGUCAAACGCCCAUAACGUCCAACGUGCUCCCAUGCAAAGGACAAUCCAUGUGUUAUAUGUGGCUAAUCCUCUACACAUGGGGACUUCACUAUACUGUAAAACUUUGAGAACUUUUGUUGGGGGUUUGCUGCAAAUUCUUGAAUAAGAUGAAUGUUAUGAAUUCGUUAAUAAAUCACACCAAUACGAAACUUGAUAUGUGGAGCAAUUGAAUCAAGCAACCAAUAUAUGAAGUAGAUAGAGAUGAUGAUGAUAAUAAAUAAUCCAAAAGCAAGUAAACAAAUAAAAAAGAAGAGACACAAAUAUUUUUUUAUCCAGUUCGGUCAAAAUAACCUAGUCUGGAAGAGAGAACAGCCCCUCCGUUCCACUAUAAUCAAAAAGUCAUCUUAUAAGAAAUUCUCAAUUGGGUUACAAGAAUUAAUCAUAAUUCUACCCAAAACCCGAAUCUCUUCCUGUGACCAAGAGACUCAAUUUGACCUAGUUUACUCAAGGUGAAGAACAAACAAUAACCCUUUGUCCUAGAAUUAUACCAAAAGAAAAACCCCCUUUGUUCUCUCUCUAAAACCCUAGCCUUUGUUGUUGGCAAAUCCUUAUUGUUCCUUUCACUCUUAUUUUUCUAUGAAUAAAGUAAUCCCUAUUUAUAGAAAAAUAUAUGCCCUUUUAUUUAAACAAAUAUUAUUUAAAAUAAAUCAAAUCUGAGUAAAAAGAAACUAAUAUUUCCACAAAAUCAGCAAAAAUUAUCCUGCUGGCAGCGAACCUACGCCUAGCGCAGCAGCCAGAACGAACUCCCCAAUUUUGCAAAACAUUUGUGCCUAGCGCAGGCCACAGGUCCUGAACCUGUUUUCUGACUUUGUGUGAUCAAGAUUUCAAGGCAUACUCAACAAUUCUCCACUUUGCCUUUAAAUCGAUGGUGAUCACAUUAACCACCCUGCUGCUCUCUCCAUCUUGAACCUUUAUUCAAGAUCACUGGCCAAGUCCAAGUCUCACUUGGACCUUAACCUA